AUGGGAGAGAAUAUCCGGGAGAAUAUUCCGCUUCCGAAUUCGGAUCCCGAGCGCCGGCCCGAGUUGACUCGGACCAUCUCCAACUCCUCCUCCUCGUCUUCGUUCUCCUUCACUACUCUUGACGCUUCCGAGGAGCUCCCGCUUUGUUCCUCGCAUGCAACACUGGGUGCAUCCACAGAGUGGACAAAUGAAAAGCACAAUUUGUAUCUUGAUUCUUUGGAAACAUCAUUUGUUAAUGAAUUGUACCAUUCCAUGCGUUUGCGUGAUUGGCAUCAACAAAAGAAUGCUCGAGGGACACGUUCAUUGCAAGAGGUCUCAUUCAAGACUCAGAAUUCUUCUGACCAGGUUGUUCAAGAUGGCUGCUUGCAGAAGAUCAACCUUCGAAGGAAUGAAAGUUUGAUGGAAAGCACAGCUAAUUCUCAUGUUACUAUGAGAAGUCCAUGCAGAUGUCAUUCUACUCUUGCAGGCAAAAGCUGCACUGUUUCAUCUCCUAAGACGCUGACUUUAAAAAACUUACAUGCAUCAGCAAGAAGUUCAGAGCAGAACCUAGUAUGUCAUCAGGAUUGGGUUGGCAAUAUUACAGAAGUAUCUGGUCAGAACUUUGUGGAUGAAGACCAUGGAGGGAAGCUAAGCAAUGCAUCCAAACCAAAAAGGCUUAAAAGAAUUGCAGCUGAUGCUUCCAGCAACGAUCAAAUUGUGCCAUCAGAAAAUUUUGAUACGAAAGAGGUUUCAAUGGCCCAUAAUGUUCUCUCUGAACAAGGGCAUAAUCUUCGCUAUUUCUUAGGAGGAAGCUGA